AUGGACACGUUCAACGAGAAGGAUCCUGCUCGGACUGUGCAAGAUCCAGAGAAAGCCAGUGAUCUCUCCGGCAUUGCUGAUCGGGCGACCGACUGCAUGGCCGCGAUAGUCGGGUACCGCGAGGAUCCCGAGUUAUUUGCCCGAGCUUUGGAUAGCUAUAAGCUUGCAUCUGAAUGCCGCUUCAUUCUGGUGGGUGUUGACGGUGACGAUGUGCCUGACAUGGAGAUGGUUCGGGUGUUUCAAAAUGUCUUUCCUCAAAAGUCGGCCGUCAUUCAAGUUGACGAGCCUUUUGGUGAAGUCGCCAUGCGGACUUUCGAGAAGAUGUCAACCAUUGACGGAAACUUGCAAGCUCCCGAGACCUAUAUGGAGUCCACCAUUGCACACUGCUGCCAGUUGGCCCGUGAGAUCCUGGCCGAACACGACCUAAAACUAGGCCAGAUUGACGGCAUUACACGGCUCUGCUUAUUCCAACCUCAUCUUCACAAGAAGGGUAUCAUGUUCACUUCGUUCAUAUUUUCAAUCGUCAUCUCCGAGAUGCUCGGCAUCGAGUAUCUCUGGUCCUCGGACUCCGACACCCUUAUCGUGCGUGAUUCGCUUCGCAAUACCAUCGAAACUAUUGCGGGCGAUAAGAACGUUGGAGGAGCCAGCUGCGGACUGAUCGUGCACAACGAAGAUGAUUCUGUGACUACCAAGCUCGGCAGUGUGGUCUACUGGUCCGAAUUAUAUCUGACGCGCUCGACAUCGACAUCUUCGGGUACCAGCGACUGCCAAAGUGGCCCCAGUUCAGCCUUUCGGGUGUCCGCUCUCCCCGCUGUCUUGUAUCCCUGGUAUACUCAAACCGUCCUGGGUCACCGCAUGGUGGUGAACGAGGACCGCCAUCUCACCACGAAUCUGCUGAUGCGCGGCUGGACUGUCACCUAUGUCUCUGAUACACUAGCUGCAACCGAUACCCCGACGACUCUGAGUAGAUGGAUCAUGCAACAGGUCUCCUUUACAUUUUUCUAUUAUCUCUUCACCGGCCGCUGCUUCGCCUACUUCAACUGGUAUGACGUUGGUAUCCGUAUCGCCUACACGCUCUUGUACAACUACACUCGUAACCCAGACCGUGGACCGACCAAUUCCUGGCUUUGGAUCGUACCCGGUCUUCUUUUCUAUAAUAUCCCAUUGCCGAUGAUCCACCUUUGGAGUUUGAUUACUGUUUUCCAAGAUGGAUGGGGCACGUCUAUGCGCUCGACAUCGGAAUUGUCGAAGCGUGGACAAGCUUGGAAGCGUUGGAAUGAUCUUGGAUUCUUUGUGGUGUGGAUGGGUGUUGUUGGUGGUACCGCUGCGAGAAUGGCGGCGCACAUGGCUGGAUGGGAUGCCAGAAGUAUCUUCCAGGCCAUCAUUGUGGGAAUUGCCGUUCCAUCGGUGGUUUCAUUCUAUGGUCUGGUGAUUCGUGGAUGA